GGGGAUUAAGCUGAGGGAUCUACCCCACCUUCUCUACCCCCACCACCGAAUUGCCCCGCCAUCUUUUCUUCCUGUGACGUCUGUCCCGUCACUUUCAUGCAAACCUACCACAAGACAUCCAGGGUCCUUUCGAGCUUGCAAAUAAACUACACAUAUAUACACACCACACGUCCCGUUCUUCACCUAGGUAUACGACCAUGGCGCCCAAGACGAUAAUAGCGCCUUCGAUCCUGUCGGCCGACUUCGCCCAGCUGGGCGCCGACUGCGCGAGGACUAUGGACCAGGGCGCCGACUGGCUUCAUAUCGAUAUCAUGGACGGCCACUUCGUACCGAAUAUCACGUUUGGCGCGCCGGUCGUGGCUAAGAUCCGGAAACACGUCGAUAAGCCUACCGAGAACCACGGGCGCGGGACGUUCGACUGCCAUAUGAUGAUUGCCGAGCCCAAGAAAUGGGUCAAGGAGUUCCAAAAAGCAGGUUGCGACCUAUAUUGCUUCCACUACGAAGCCGCCUUCUCGAGCGCCGCCGAGAGCCCUUCGGCUAAGACGGACGAGAAGACGAAUCCGAAGGACCUGCUGCGGUAUAUACACGACUGCGGCUUGUUGGCUGGUAUUGCGCUGAAGCCCGCUACGGGCGUCGAGGUUUUGACUGAACUGCUUGAGAGCCCGGAUCCGAAGGAGCGGCCUGAUAUGGUCCUCAUCAUGACGGUCGAGCCCGGGUUCGGCGGCCAGAAGUUCAUGGCGUCGGAACUGCCCAAGGUGCAGGCGCUGCGCAACAAGUACCCGGACCUGAACAUCGAGGUCGACGGCGGCCUGGGCCCCGGUACCAUCGGCCAGGCGGCGGACGCGGGCGCCAAUGUUAUCGUUGCGGGGAGCGCUGUGUUUGGGGCUCAGGACCCCGCGGAGGUUAUCUCGUUGUUGAGGGCGGCGGUUGAUUCGAGGUCUGGGAAGCUGUGAGAUGGGGAUAUGGUGGAGAGAUAGAUGGAUGGAUGGAUGGAUGGAAUGGACAUGGCGUGUACGUGUACUUAACGGCUUGAUAGUUGGGUGUGGGAUGUUGGAUAGGGAGCAGUAGGUAUAUACUCCCAGAGAUGAAUAUAAGUACCGACCCAAUUACUCCAAGU